AUGUCGAAAUUAGUUCCAGCACUGAUUAAUGGAGCAAAAAAGGUUUACGUUGUGGCUAAACCAGAAGCCGUGAGAUUUAUGCGAUAUGCUAAAGUGGAACUAUCGCCACCAACUGUGGGAGAUUUACCAGCCAUUCGACAAGGUUUUGGUAAAUUGCUUCAUUCAGCCAAAACCGGAGGUUACAAAAAUCUUACCGUCUCCGAAGCUUGGCUCAACACCUUAGUUUUCAUUGAGGUUUGGUGCUGGUUUUUCGUUGGUGAGGUCAUUGGCAAAAGACACCUCGUCGGCUACAAAGUUUAA